CGACGUGAGCGCACCCCCGCGUCGUGACGUCACGGGGGCUGAAUCGAUAGCACAGCAUCGGAAGGACGGCAGACGGUUGGCCGCCUCAGUACGAGGUGGCCUCCGCGACUGUACGGGACAUACGUCGGCGGGGCGACGGCCGCAAAACCACGGUCGUAACUACGAUCGCGAAGGGGACGCUCGCCCCCUCCGGGUGACUCUGCGCUUCUUUAAGUCCGACCGUCUCUGCAUAAAGUGGUGAUGAAGUAGUCGCGAGGACCAGCUCGCUCCGCCAAGUCUUUCGACACGGUUCGCUCUUUCACAGGUGAAGGACCGGUAGCGCGAGCAAGGAGUGUGGUAAAAAAACGAAUAGGGAAGAAGCAGUGAGUUGGGUGAAAAUCGAUGGCCAUCAGCGCCCAUGGGCGGCCUCGCGUUUAGAACAAGGAAUAGCCCCUCCCAGAAGACCUCGCUCCGGUGGGGUGACUGCUGCCCCCCAAGUCCCAAGCCAGCGUCGUUGUCGGCCGUCCGGAAGAGCCGUCAUCAGGACAUGCCGCCGGUGUGAGGCUGUCCCCCGCUGUUGCGUGAUUGUACCUCGCGGGGAUCUCAGAGGUAUCCGGGGGAUCCUAAAGCGGCGGAUUUGCCGGACCUACGUCAACUCGCACCGGUGGACCCCUAUUCCCCGAAGAUGAUCAACAUCGCAGGAGUGGUCUCGAUCGUUCUGUUCUACCUGCUGAUCUUGGGCGUGGGAAUAUGGGCGGCCAGGAAGAAGGAGGCUGGCAACGACUCCGAGGAGGAGGUGAUGCUGGCCGGCCGCUCGAUCGGGCUCUUUGUCGGAAUAUUCACGAUGACGGCGACCUGGGUCGGCGGCGGUUACAUCAACGGCACCGCCGAAGCGAUCUACACGAAAGGCCUGGUAUGGUGCCAGGCACCCUUCGGAUACGCCCUCAGCCUCGUUUUCGGUGGUAUUUUCUUCGCGAACAAAAUGCGACAGCAGGGGUACGUGACAAUGUUGGAUCCGCUUCAAGACGCGUUCGGCGAGCGGAUGGGCGGCCUCCUCUUUCUGCCCGCUCUUUGCGGCGAGGUGUUUUGGGCGGCGGGCAUCCUCGCGGCCCUCGGCGCCACGCUGGCGGUCAUCAUCGACAUGGAUCAGGGCACCUCCGUCAUUCUGAGCGCCUGCAUCGCGGUUUUCUACACCCUCUUCGGCGGUCUCUAUUCCGUCGCUUACACCGACGUCAUUCAGCUCUUUUGCAUAUUUAUCGGUCUGUGGAUGUGUAUUCCGUUCGCUUGGACCAAUUCGAAGGUACAAUCUCUUAGUUCCAUGGACGUUGAUUGGAUCGGCAAAGUGAUGCCCGAAGAAUAUUGGUCUUACGUGGAUUAUGGUUUACUUUUGAUAUUCGGCGGCAUACCUUGGCAAGUGUACUUUCAACGCGUUCUCUCCUCGAAAACCGCGGCUAGAGCUCAAAUAUUGAGUUACGUUGCCGCUUUGGGUUGCAUCCUCAUGGCCAUCCCUCCCGUCCUGAUCGGAGCGAUUGCCAAAGCAACGCCCUGGAAUGAGACAGGAUACACCGGCGUUUAUCCUUUCACGGAAGCGGAGACUAGCAUGAUCCUGCCGCUGGUCCUGCAGUACUUGACACCAGAUUUUGUUUCCUUUUUCGGGUUGGGUGCGGUAUCGGCGGCAGUGAUGUCUUCUGCGGAUAGCAGCAUCCUCUCUGCCAGUUCGAUGUUCGCUAGAAACGUUUACAAAUUGAUCUUCCGUCAGCGGGCGUCGGAGAUGGAAAUCAUCUGGGUGAUGCGAGCAGGGAUCGGCGUGGUCGGCGUGCUAAGCACCGUGAUGGCCCUCACGAUACCGUCGAUUUACGGCCUCUGGUCAAUGUGCUCAGAUCUGGUCUAUGUGAUCCUGUUUCCGCAGCUGCUGAUGGUGGUGCACUUCAAGGACUACUGCAACACCUACGGCAGUCUGUCGGCGUACAUAAUCGCCUUUUUGGUGCGCAUCAGCGGCGGCGAGCCGAUGAUGGGCCUGCCCGCGUUGAUCCGCUACCCGGGCUACGACGAGAAGUCAGCCACGCAGAGGUUCCCGUUCAGAACAAUGGCGAUGCUGAUGUCGCUCGUGACUCUCGUUGGCGUGUCAUGCGGUACACAGUUUGCCUUCCUGACCGGUCGGCUGGCGCCGGGCUACGACGUCUUCAGAUGCGUGGUCAAUAUCCCGGAGGACGUUGAGCGGGUUGGCCCGGACCCUGCCGAAGGGGAGCAAAUGGCGGUCCUAGCUGCGGGCGUUGGCAAGCUUUAUGGCAGCAAGGACGAAUCGAACGGCCGAGUGAAUCCUGCGCUCGAGCCGGACUACGACAUGGAGCCGGGAUGUACGAUGAUCGGAGCAGCGGAUGGUGUUGUCGCUGGCGGAGGAGUGGGUGGAGGCGGCGGCGGCGGCGGCGCCGGAGGACAUCUGGUACCCGGCGCACCUCGACAACCACAAUCCAGCACCGCGUUCUAACUCCUGGUUCCGUGAUCGGAUGCUGUGACCAACAAUAAGUGCGGCGGUGCGGACUUCUGUAUUUCGUUCUAUCCUCUCUUUUACCUCCGACAUAUUCCUCCUCCUCCCGAGCCUUACUCUCUCUUUCUUCGUUUGACGAUCGGACUUUUUUGUUCGAGACGGCAGUGUAUGCUUCUGACGAUGGGCGGCUCGGAUAUCUAUGUAGUGUUUGUGACAAUUCUCACAGAGUUUUUCUGCGAGAAAUCUCUUUUCUUUUAUCGGAAAGAGUUGAUACAGAUUCUGAUGAUGACUCUUUCUCCGUUAAAACCCGUUUUCGACAACAACCGACACUUAGCAACUUUCGGAGCUAGCGGUAGCUAGCGGCAAUUUAAAUCGUCCACCCUUGAGAUCGUUUUAAUCGAUGUUUUAAUCGUUCCUAACAUUCCCGAACGUCAAAAACUCUCCGUUCCGUUUUUCCUAUCUUCACCCGCCCCCUGCAAGCACGGAGCUCCGAGACGAGCCAAUGCGGUAGCCUGCGGUAAGUCCGACAGAAAGUUUCUUUCGUACUUUUGUGCGCGUGUGUGUCUAUGAUUGCGUCUAUGUGUGCCUGUUGUCUGCAUGUGUAUGCGCACGCUACUGGUGCCCGUGUAACGACCUGUACCUGCCCGCGUCUGCUCGCGUUUCCGUCGAACGAGUAAAAGUGGGAUAAAAUAGAUUGAGAAAGAAAUCGGGAAAGUAUGUGCGAAGCGGGCGACAAGGGGAUAAGCGUAGCGUUUCCAAACUGGAAGUCGGAGCUUCGGACAUACUCGGGCCGGGCAUCCCUACACCGCACCGCCGACUAGGCCUAGUGAUUUCCUUGUUUUCUUUUUGAAGAAGUAUAUAUAUAUAUUAUAUAUAUAUAUAUAUAUACACAUAUAGGCAUAUAUAUAUACAAAAAGAUAUUAUAUAUUUAGAGUUUAUCACAAAGCUGCUUGAAAGAGUUUCAAAGUACGAGCGAUCUGUCUGACCCGGCACAGAAAAAGACAAAAAACAAGUAAGAGAGAGAGAGAGAGAGAGAGAGAGAGAGAAAGUUUCCGCCGAAACUCAAUCGACUAACGUUCAGCUUUUUCGUUAGAAAUCAAUUAGAGAGAGGCCAACGUAUUAAUAAUGUUUAUAUAGAAUUAUAUAUGCGAAGUCAUAGGUGCAUCGGAUAUAUUUCACCUCGAUUUUGCAUACAUCAAGAGCUGGAUGAAAGAGAGUGUCGUUUAAAGUAAUCGUCCAAAGUAAAAUCAAUUGAAAUUUUCAAUUUUUCUAGAUGAUGCAAACGACUCAUCCUUGUUUGUGUCGGAAAGUCUUUAAUAGAAUUGAAAGUUGAAGCUUAGCUGUUGAUGAUUUAGAAGAGUUUUAAUAUAAAUGAUGGCGAGAAAAGGUAAGCUAAUAUGAAACACGUUUGUAAGAACAAUAAAAAUAGAAACAUGGGAGAGAAAAAAGCGCGCUGUGAGAAUUAUUCUGGGAAAAACGUUAUAAGAAAUUAUUAGUAUUGAUGUUGAGAGUAAAAAAUCUUUUGAUCAAGAUUAUUAAUAUUUUAAUAUUUUUCGACGAUUCUCUUGAAUAUUUUUCACUGGACAUUCAGUGAUAUCUUUGAUAUUGAAAUACCGACCGAUGAAUGUCGAUCGCACACACUCGGACGUUCCUUUUCGAGGUCUACUAGGAGAAAAAUUUUAUCCACCCGGUAUGCCAUCCUUCCAUCGCGCCCCUCGCUGUAAUUAGUUUCCGCUAUAAUUAGUUAUCGUACAUCGUAAUGUCCGUGUCGAUGUUAGGAGAAGAAGUAAAACCAAGCUUUUGUACUUGCGAUCGAUCGUUCUUCCCUCGCUUCGCUCAAUUGAACGUACAACUAUACACACGCGUCAUACAAAAACAUACACGCAUAUACAAAUAAUGAAUAUACGAGCGUACAAAUGCACGUGUAUAGUUAGAUGGGCGUCGUUAGAACACCGGAUGGCACCGGAGGAUGAUCUAGUAUGGCCGCUCGUCGUACAAAUUUGGUUUCUUCAUGACUCAGGUGUGACCUCGUAAUAGCGAAUCUGCGAAACUAAGUAAUGCGUGACCAAUCUAAUCGCUCAUCCGUUGCUGAUGGUAUUAUAUCAUGAGAUUCCUUUCGUUUCGAAAUUGUAAAGAUGUUUAUAUUUUUACGGUUUACGAUAAAAAGUGGUAUAAAGGGAAAAAAUAAAAACACGAUGUUCCUGAUUCAUCGCAUGCCUCGUCAAUGAAUGGUACGUAAAUGACAGUAUUGUCAUUUAUUCGAGCAUCGAACGUGAGUCGCGGAAUCGCAUCGGACAGAUCGCUCGUAGACCUAAAUCCGUUGUGUUUAUUAUAUAGUAUAUAAUAAAAAUGUACGAUAUAAUCAGUUGAUGCAGCAAAAGCGAGUAAAAUGACGAAGGAUGUGAGGGAAACUCGAAGAAAAAGACAGAUUUGAACCAUACACACACACACACACACACACACACACAAUCUCUCUCUCUCUCUCUCUCUCUCUUUAUAAAUACACGAAAAGACUAAAUCCAUAGAUGUUAAUAUCGCAGAUACGAGUUAUCAUUGUUAAUUUCGAGAGUUGUGGUUCGUUACAUGGUUGACGUUUCUAUUGCGUCUCUACUUUAAGGAUGCUACGCGAUAAACGCUUAGAAAAAUAAUAUUACACUUGUUACAUAUCCGAUUGCUCAUGUAUCGUAUUAUUGUUUACCGUUAAAAAACGGGAGCGCCGCACUUCGAGACUGACAUUGUCGCUGCGCCGAUAUCAGAGCCGGAAAUUGAUAAUACUCGGAAGGUUUCGCUAAGAAUAUGAUGGAGCAAUAAGUCGUUAAAAACGAUUACGCCAUACGCAAUAACUUUGAAACAAUAAACUUGAAAAACAUUGAUAUCUAUUUAACGAAAAACCGGAAACUUGAGUUUUGUCAAUACAGACCGGCACCAAACGUUUUUUUUUUUUAUUUCGAAAACAUUAAGCGCACUUCCGAGGACUUUGUUCUCGAGUCUCAAAGUGUGGCGCCGCGUAACGAUGAUGAGACGAGAGAUACUCUUAUAGAUAAUUUCAUAGAUUAUAAAAUAUUUUUCUACUUAGUUCUUAAUCACCUGAUGAAUUGUGAUAAGCGUCUGACCUUGUAAUUUUACGCUCUCUAAUUUUCGUCGCGCGGGACAAACAACAUUAUUGAAAUCAUCGUUUGUUUCGCUGCGUGUUUGCGAGCGUCCGCACAAUCAAUCAUUUUAUUCUAGCAAAAUAUGAUUUUUAUCAUUUCGGAGAAAAAAAGCCCGCCACAGAAGGAGGGCUUCGCACGAGAAAUGUCAAGUUGAGACGUCCUCCCCGAACGUUUACUUCCCUCCGAAAAAAACUUUUCUCUCUCUCUUUCUCUCUCUCUCUCUCUCUCGCCAAUUGUUUCGAUGAAAUCGAAAUAUCCUCGACUGAGCGAGAAUUCCGAUGAACACGUGUAAACUGCUGCGUUAAACCGAGUUGCCACUUCAGGUGAAAUUACGAGUGCUCGUUCAUGAGUAAAGAAGUAAGGCGAAAAUACGGCACAGGAACAAGGAAGUGAGAUUCGCUAGAACGAGCGUGGCAUCUUCUACGUAUUUCCCGUGUCUGUCCGUCAGUCAUUGAGCGACGAACUUUCACUCAUGAUAUUAGAAACGAUGAUCGAGACGCUCGCGGACAAGCGUGCGCUAAAAUAUUUAUUAUAUUUAUCUUAUUAUAUCGCACACACUAGAAAUACAAAAGUGCCACAAAGUUAUUUUUCUACACUACGCGGCAUCCCUUCCAUCGUUUAUAUGGACUUUUAGUUGUCGUCUCGACUAAUUUCAAGCACAGGCUUGUAUAUCGCAAGCAUUUACUUUUGAUUUUCGUGACCAACUCCUCUUUAAAUGAACGGUAGCAAUAUGUACGAUACGAGUGCAUUGUCGAUACACGGUGAAUGCGACGAAAGAGCGCCUUCCCCCUCCCCCACAUACAUCUGUUAACCGCGAAUUUGGGGAUUUUAUUCGACUUUGAAUUUUUACAUUCUCUUGACUUUUUCUAUUUGUUUCCGUUCUUUACUUUUCGGCAAUUAUACUCAUUGAACAAGAUAACCUGUGCAUGAUUUAUCUUUUCUUUUUAAUCAUCAUUGUGACGCACGCGGUUCAAUUUGCUUUUCCCGAUUUUAAUAACUGAGCUUCGAAAUGAGAUUAAUCGGACGUUCGAUAGUUCCCAUUGUUUGUUUUAUACGAAUUUGGAGAAUGAAGGAGGAGGAGCCGCAAGUUGGAGCGGAAGAAACAUGUAAACGUUAUAGCUUAUGAGAGUAAGCUCUCAUAAGACGGCCACAUAUCAUCUACAUAUCAAUCGAUCAACGUACGUUGUAAUCGCAACGAGAAACCUAUACAUAUCAUAAAGUGUGCUCUAUUGUAUACUAGGUAAUUAGUUUAAGAUGUAUGGAGGAGGAAAUGCGUAAUAAAAUAAGACUAUGAAAUAUGUAUAUAUAGUACCCAUUUUUCUAGGGGUCAAAGUGUUCGUUGAUCUCUUUUAAAUGAGGCGAAAGUUGCGCUGCUUUUUUUCCUCCUCUUCUUUUCGAUGCGCGAGUGUUUCGAUCGUUUAGCUAAAAUCAUUUGUUGUUUGCUGCCGGUUAACGUUUUCGGGACAUUUCUUUCAAAAUUUACGCACAAUUGUGAUGACAAAAUCGACACGUUCAGUGAAUCUCCAAUUUCGGCCAAUUAACAACGGAAAAUCGUUUUUUUUUAUACAAGAAAAAACAAUCUAAUCUGAAAGAAGAGAGCACUCACGCGAUUAUUUUCUUGCCCGCGAAAAAAAAAAGAAAGAAAAGAAGAAGCGGAAAGGAAGAGGAACGAAAGUGUGGAUCGAUGCAGCGAGCGAUAAGACUUAGCGAGAACGAUUUCCAACUGUACGAAAUGGUCGAUUACUUUCCCACUUGGAGACCAACACGAGGGGCGUACUUGAUGUUACGCGUCCCAAUCGCUACCUAACGUAGAGUAUUAUUAAUAAUGUAUAAAACGAGCUCCCCACGCGCGGAGGAUCAAUACCUCCUCCUUAUCCCGCCCGGAAGAGUAUAUCCAUAUAUAUGUAUCGCAGAAAUGUUAUUGUAUUAUAUGACAUUAUACGUGUAUAAUUGACAAACGAAAGAGAUGUUGAUUGUAAAUGUUACAAAUAAACGGUGUACAAAAAUA